ACAUCUUGGCCUUCCUCUCCCUUCCACUGCGAGAACUGCGAGCAACUGCGCGAGUGAGCAAUGUUUUCCUGGAAUUGAGAGUGAAGUUGGUCACGAGUGAGUCCCACAACGUUCGAUAGAACAGUUCUGUCAAGUGCAUCAACCUCUGCACGCCAUUGGGUUGUUCUUCUCCGCAGUCAGCUGUAAUCUCUAAACGUCUGGCGCAUUAUCUUGAAAAAAGGACGAUUUUCGGGUUUACGAGGACUUCGAUUGACUGAAAAGAGUUGCUGGAUACGUGGAGUUGAUACUACUAGUGAACGAUGGGUCUCAUUUGCUCCACAGCGCAGCUGGCCUGUCUGUGCGGCAGUACUGCCUGCAGUUUCUGCUGCUCCCAAUGUCCAUCAUGCAGGAACAGCACCAGCUCCAGGAUCAUGUAUGCUUUGUUACUGAUGCUAGGAACAAUUGCUGCCUGCAUUACCCUCGCUCCAGGUCUCCAAGACACAUUGAAAAAGGUUCCAUUCUGCGCCAACAGUAGCAACUACUACCCUUCAUCAUUCACCGUGGACUGCAAUUCAGCAGUUGGCUAUCUCGCUGUAUACCGAAUUUGUUUUAUCAUAUCCUUGUUCUUCUUUCUCAUGUCGACGAUGAUGAUUGGGGUGAAGAGUUCCAAAGAUCAUCGAGCCCCCAUACAAAAUGGAUUUUGGGCCAUCAAGUAUCUCCUCAUAAUCGGUGGUAUCAUUGGAGCCUUCUUCAUACCUGAAAGAUCCUUUGGACCUGUCUGGAUGUACUUUGGAAUGUUCGGAGGAUUCUUCUUCAUACUUAUUCAAUUGAUUCUCAUCAUUGAUUUUGCUCACUCGUGGGCUGAAUCUUGGGUCGGUAAUUAUGAAGAGACUGAAUCGAAAACUUGGUAUGCAGCACUACUGGGUGCAACUUUCUUCAAUUACUGUGUGGCUAUUGCUGGUAUUGCAUUGCUCUUUGUUUACUUUACAGAGCCAAACAACUGUAGCCUCCACAAGUUCUUCAUAUCAUUCAAUUUGAUCUUGUGUGUAAUCGCCAGUGCUGUAUCGAUUCUUCCCAGUGUUCAGGAGCAUCAACCUCGUAGUGGACUACUCCAAGCGUCCGUCGUGUCCCUCUAUGUGAUUUAUCUGACUUGGAGUGGAGUUUCUAACAGUCCAGAUCACGAGUGCAACCCUGGAUUAUUUGGAUCAAUCUCCCGCAACAACGUCAAGGAUCAGAACGCGAUAGCAUUCGACAAAGAGAGUGUAAUUGGGCUGAUAAUCUGGUUCAGCUGUGUUCUCUACAGUUCCCUCAGGACCGCCUCCAAGUCCUCCAAGAUCACCAUGUCUGAUAAAGUUCUCGUUAAUGACAACGGUGCUGUUCGCAACUCAGGAGAUCCUUCUCUUAUCGACAAUGAAGAUUAUGUUGCAGUAGAAGGUCGUAACGACGACGCUGAAGGCGGUGGUGAAACCAAAGUCUGGGAUAACGAGGAGGAUAAGGUCGCCUAUAACUGGAGCUUCUUCCAUCUCAUGUUUGCUCUCGCAACUCUCUACGUCAUGAUGACACUUACCAAUUGGUACCAGCCAAACUCAUCGCUGCAAACACUAAAUUCCAAUCCAGCUUCCAUGUGGGUGAAAAUAAUAUCGUCUUGGAUGUGUCUCGGUCUUUACGUCUGGUCCCUUGCAGCUCCUGCCGUCUUGACAAAUCGAGACUUUUCCUAAAUUCUCCAGUGUGCAUUUAUUGUUAAUUGAAAAAUCCGUGACUUCGUUUUACAUUUAGUAACGAUUGGAUAAAACGAGAUGAAUCAAAUAGAAAUUGAUGUUAUGCAGCUUCAGUUUUUUUUGUCAGCAUGAGAGCUACAUACAAGGUUCUCAGACAAAAUUGUCAAUAAAAUCAAUUCAUCUUGUUUUUCCUCCACUAUUCAAUUGAGAACAAAUACUAAAGAAAGUAUAAUAUAAGUUGGAAAACUUUCGUGAUAUUUCCAUCAACUGCGCCUUGAGCUAGUGUAUCCUUCGUUAUUUUCACAAUUUCUCCUCCUUUUUAUUGUUACCUGUGAUGAUUGAUAAUUUACAUCGGCAGAUUAUAAGUUUUCCUUUAUACGAAAAAGAAUUGAUUGAAAUUAAUAAACAAAUACUACGUAUACAAA